AAUUUAUUUAAUAAUGGGAGCAUGUGGUGGUAAAUCAGGAGAUAAAUAACCUUAGAUGUCUAAAGAAUAAAAAUGUAAAUAUAUUGAUCUUAAUUGUAAGAAUUGGCUACGAAUAAAUUCGAAGUUGGACCUAAUAUUUUUGUUAAUCUAAAACAAGGUGAUAUAACUGAUACUUAUAUCAUAAAUAAAAUAUUAGGUGAAGGUAUUAACAUUAAAUUAUCAGUUAGGUUCAUAUGGAUAAGUGAGACUUGUCUAACAUAAGAAAACUGGUUAGUAAAGAGCUAUGAAAUAAAUAUAAAAGAAAAAAAUACUAAAAGAAUAAGAAGAUGCAAUGUUUAGUGAAGUGGCCUUACUUAAAGAUAUGGAUCAUAAUAACAUUGUCAAAUUAUUUGAAUUGUAUCAGGAUAGUUAAAAUUACUAUUUGGUUACCGAAUUUUUAAAUGGAGGAGAAUUGCUUGAUAAAUUGACCAAAUUAUCAACAUUUAAUGAGAGAACAGCAGCUGAAUACAUGAAAUAAGUAUUAUCAGCUUUAUCUUAUUGUCAUGCAUAAAAUAUUAUUCAUAGGUAUUAUUUAAAUUUAUGUUAUGUAGAGAUAUGAAACCAUCAAAUAUUAUGUUAGCAUCACCAGAUCCUAAGGCACCUAUUAAAGUUAUUGAUUUUGGUACUGCUAAAAAAUAAUUAAGUGGAGAAUCCUAAACUUAAGUUAUUGGAACCGUAUUACUUUAUUAUUUAUUAAAUAGCCACUCUAUAUUGCACCUGAAGUUAUUGAUAAAAAUUAUACUGAAAAAUGUGAUAUCUGGUCAUGUGGUGUUAUUUUAUAUUAAAUUCUUACUGGAAAAUUUCCUUUUGAUGUUAAAGUCUAAAGUUUAUAACAAUUAUUCAAUAAUAUCAAAUCAGGAAAAUAUAAUUUCAAUUCUAAAGAAUUUUAAAGUUUAUCUUUUGAAGCUUAAACACUAAUUAAAUCAAUGCUUUAAUUAGAUCCUAAAAAAAGACCUGCAGCAAAUGAAAUUUUAAAUGAUCCUUGGAUUAAAGAAAAAGCCAAAGAAGAUAAGAUAAGUUUAGAAGUUAUGAAUGAUUUAGGAAAGUUUCAUGUAUAAAAUAUUAUACUAUUAAACUUUAGAAUGAAAGUAAUAUGAGAGCAGCUAUUAUGUAAUUGAUAGCUGGAGAAAUGAUGACUAAUGAAGAAAAAGAUCAACUAAAUUAAACAUUUUAAAGUAUGGAUAAAAAUAAAGAUGGAUAACUUUCUAAAGAAGAAUUAGUAUAAGGUAAUUAUUAUUAAUUAUUUAAUUAGCUUAUACUCAAGUUUUUAAUGAUGAAUUAAAAGCUAAGCAUUUAGUUGAAGAAAUUUUUACUUAAAUUGAUCAAAAUAAUUCAGGAAAAAUAAGUUACACUGAAUUUUUGGUUGCUUCAUCUAAAUAAAAUACGAUACUAUCAAAGACUAAAAUAGAUCAAGCAUUUAAAAUGUUUGAUAAGGUAUAUGAGUUAAUUUAAUUAUAAAUAGGAUGGUAAUGGUUAAAUUACUAGGUAAGAAUUACAAGAUAUUAUGUGUGGUGUAGAUAUUGAUAAUACUGCUUGGGGACAAAUUAUAUCUUAAUGUGAUAAAAAUGGGGAUGGGAUCAUUUAAUAUGAUGAAUUUGCAAACAUGUUGUUAUAAACUUCAAAAAAAUGAUUUAUUUUACAUAAACAAUAUUUACA